AGGUUAAAGUUCACCACUGCGAACGUGCUUGCAAACCUGGAAGAGGAGGAAGGGGGUUUUCAGCUCCGUCGAAAUGGGCUCAAAAUAAGCGUCUGAAAGGAUGAAGCGAUACAGCACAUGCCGUAGACUCACUGGAGUUCAGUGUAUCAAAUGUUAGUACCAGUCUUCCUUAUGAUCAGCUGGAGAUAGACGCCCAGAACUGCACAGGUGACAUCCUGAAGCCUCCAGGAGACCAUGGCUCUUUGGUCAGCCAUCACAAGCCUGUUUUCUAAAACAGACGACAGCACCACAAAUUGGAUAAGGAAUAGAAACAUUGUCUAUGGAGACAGGACAAGGACGUUGCUGACUGUUUUUGAGAAGUACGAUGGUGGAACAGGCAAGCUGGAGGCUGGAAAUAUAACUGCUGCUUUUAAUGAAGUCAACCUAUAUCCAUCCAGAGCCCAAGUGCGUGACAUGAUCCUGUGUGCAUCUGAAUGUUCAAACCGUGAAUCAAGAGACCACAUUCUGUUUGGAGAGUUCUGCAUCUUUGUCUCCGAGCUGAAGGAAAAAUAUGAAAGAGAAAGCUCGUUGCCUCCACUCGCCACAGACAAAAUAAAAAGCAAGCACAAAGUCCUGAAGAGACAAAAAUCAAGUACCAUGUCAAGAUUUGAAGUGUUCCUGGGAGGCUCCUGUGUCCCCUCCACAUGGAGACAGGAUGUUGCUAUCCCACUGCUUAAGCAGUAUGGGCUGACAUACUUUGAUCCAGUGCAUGAAAUCUGGGGACCAGAGCUGGUUGAGGUGGAAAACCAGGCCAAGAAGGCUGCAGACUUGUUACUGUUUGUGUUUGAUGAUGUGACCAGGGGUGUGGCAGCCAUGGUGGAAGUAGCAUAUCUUGUGGGACAAGGCCGGCCUGUAAUUCUGGUUGUGAAGGGACUACCUCCAUCAGGAGUAAUGAUUAAUGGACAGACUCUACACCGCAGUGAAGUGCAGGACUUGGAGCGUGCCCAUGCUGUGUUGUUUGAUCUGGUGGAGAGACAGGACAUCCCUGUGUUUGAUGACUUACACACUGCAGUACACUGUGCAGCCAAGGUGCUACGUAUGGGGAUCAGUGUGAAGGACCUUACUAAAACAGAUGGAGCACAGCCUGUGCAAAAUGCACACAUCUGUGUUGGUGAAUCUAUAAUAUUGAUUAAAGAGGCAUUUGAUGGAGUUGACACAAAACAGACUGGACAUCUUGACAUGAAUGACGUAUGUCUCUCAUACAAAGCACUGACUGGAAAGGACCUGACAGUUGCAGAAAUUAGAAGCAUCAGCAGUGUUAGUUAUUCCAGAGAUGAGGAGCUGACUUUCAGUUUUCAAGAAUUUUGCUGCAUAGUUGAUGAAUUCAGAGCAAUGACACAUUACAGCAUAGGGGACUUCUUCUACUCCAUUUACAGCUCGCUAUUUACACUAUUUGGCUGGAUGAAGAAUAGAAAAGCAGAGCAGGUUAUUAUGGAAGACUUAACAAUAAGACGGGACGUCUUCUUGGGAGGAAGUUGUGCAAACACAACAUGGAGAGAGCAGAUUGCCAUUCCAUUGUUAAGGAAACAUGGCAUAACAUAUUUCAACCCACAGCUUGCAGUGUGGAAUCUGCGUUAUCUGCCACUGGAGAAUGAAGCCAAGGCCAACUGCACAGUUUUCCUUGCUGUCAUCACAGGAGAGACAAGAGGUCUGGCCUCCAUGGUAGAGAUUGCAUUCUUUAUUGGUCAGGAUCGAGACCUUGUUCUCUCCCUGGAAGACAUCCAAGAUGGAACUGUGAUCAACGGACACGAGGUAACUUCUCUGUCUCAUAAAUUUUAG